GGCUUUUCAUAGAUUUUUACCAUGGCGCCGAAUUCGAUCGAUUCUGUUCAUUCUAUGCAUCAUAUUGAUUGUGUUGUUAUUACUCAAACGACAAAUGUUUACCAUGUUUUAUUCAUCGAAUGAAAUGAUCAUCACUCCAAUUGACAUGAAUCAAUCUAGUCUAAAUUGGAAUAUUCCAUCAAAUCGUAUUCGAUCAAUAUCAACUAAUAUCAAAUUAAGUUAUCGUGUACAUGGAUUCUAUUAUGCAUGGUAUGAUAGCCCACGAAAUUCAUCAACGAAACUAAUUUAUAAAUUUAACAAUAAUAAUAAUAAUAAUAACAACUGGACACAUUGGAAUCAUCCACAGUUGAAACAUUGGAAUGCUAAAGUGGCUAGUGCUUAUUCCACUGAAUCACAUUAUCCACCACAUUUGUUGGCAUCAUCAUUCUAUCCAAAAUUAGGUCCAUAUUCAUCGAAAGAUUUGUCUAUUGUACAUAGUCAUAUGGAAAUGAUUCAAUUUGCUGGAAUUGGUGUUUUAGUGGUAUCAUGGUAUCCAAAGGGUAUGUCAGAUGAUAAUGGAAAACCUGUGGAUGAUCUGAUCAUGCCAUUAUUAAACAUAGCUGAUCAAUAUAAGAUAAAAUGCACAUCUGUUAGUCUACUUUUAUAUGAGAGUGUAACUAUUCUAUUGAUUUAUUAA